AUGGCGAAACCUAACUUCAUAUUCGAGUUUCCAAGAAAGGAUCACUCCAAGAGCAAAGUAAGUAAAAAUGGAGACGCUUCUGAUUCGCUCAAAAAGGAUGUUAAAUCUGAAAUUCGGAUUAGUUAUAACGAUUCGGGAAAGGCGGUCGAGCAUACCAAGGAUGUUGAAGAGAAAUGUAUCCAGAAUACCACUGAAGAAGACGAACUCUCAAAUAACUCUAGUAUCAAAGAUGACGCAGAAGGUGAGUCAGCACAAAACAAUUUACAAAAUGACUCAGUUGAUGAGCAAAUGGUUAUAGAGCAGGCAUUCAGUCAAAUCACCCACGACUACCGAAGUGAUGAGGUCAUUGAGGAAGAAGUUCCAAGAAAUGACAAGGGGCAAUCACAAUUAACACAUACAAGACCUCAGGAACCAAACAAUUCUACCGAUUCGGAUAGCAUCCACGGUAAUGAAGAAUCGUUCCAAAAAGAAAUAUCAAUUUACGACUCAAACCCACCCAUUGAAAAGUUUGUCGAAGAUGAAGAUACAUCAAUAUUACAACAAUCUCAUUCACCAGACAAUUCACAAGGAGCAAAGAAUGAAGAAAUGCCCGAAUCCGAUCAGCUGCAGACCAAAGACGAUUCUUGUCAAACAGAUCAAGCGAUGGACUUCGCAGAAACCGGCCAUAUAAAUCAUGAGAGAAAGGAACUAAAUACAUAUACCGGAACAGAGCCGUCGACUUUUCUGGAGUCGUUAACUGAUGUCCAUCACAAAGUCAUUACAUUAGAAAUAGAAGCGCCACAUCACUCAGCUGUAGAUGGAGUUGACAAUCUGGCUUUCCAAGAUGAUACAUCCACAGUGAGUGGAGAUGUCAAAAGAAGAAAAAGUGUAGGAUUUCUAGAAAGUGGAGAUGAAAGUGAUACUCUCGGGUAUGACGAGGAAAAGAAAAUAUCAAAAAGACGAAAGAGUAUACGAUAUAGUAUUUAUGAUAUCUUACAACGUCCAAACGAAUCGAGUUCAAGAAAGAAAAUAGGGCGAUUCUUGGUAACGGUAGCUGCAGCUAUCAAUAUGUAUUUCAAUAUGGGAAUUUGUUUUUCCCUUGGAACAUUUCUUCCGUCAUGGCUUGAAGAAUUUCAAGAAACGAGAUCAAAAACAGCUCUCAUACAGUCGUUUACUAUUGGAAUGAUAUUCGGUUCUGGAAUUAUUGUAGGUGUACUAGUGGAUAGGUAUGGUGUUAGAUUAGCAACAUUUUGCGGUUCUGUCAUGGCAUCAAUCGGUCUGCUUGGUGCUGUUUUCUGCCCGAAUACUGUAUCAUUAAUGGUCAGCUUAGGAUUCCUUACAGGACUUGGUUCCAGUUUUGUACAAUUAGGAAGUGGAGUAACAAUAUCAUUAACAUAUAAAAACUCUGCUAGUGUUGGAUUAGGUCUUAUAACAGCAGGUGGUGGAUUAGGUGGAUCUACAAUGCCGUAUAUUAUGAAAAGCCUGAUUGAGUAUUAUGGAUGGAGGGGUGCAUUCUUUAUACUCUCGGGAUUAGCUUUACAAACUGUGGUAUCAAGUUUGCUGAUGACAAGUUUUAUGGAACAGGCAGUUGGUGGCAGACGAGCUGCAAAAAGAGAACCAAUUGCUUGGAAAACAAAAAUUAAGACAAUCUGUCGUCCGAAGUUCGUUCUGAAUAUUCUAGCAACAAUGACUGGGUUUGGUGCCAUGAAUGGUUUUGUGUUUAUCAUAUUUGACUAUGCCGAUAAAAACGAUGGAAAUGGUGUAUUUUAUUUGUUUUUGGCUACAGUAUUAAGCACUGCUUCCAGAUUAGCGUUCGGCGUUAUCAAUAUGUUUUCUUUCGUUAACAGUUCAGCAUUAAUGGCUAUAGCUGUGAUAGGUGGAGGAGCAUCAAUUUUACUGCUUAGUAUAUCUGAAAGUUACGCCUUCACUUUAUUCUUGAUCUGUAUAUUUGGUAUCUGUUACGGGGGACUGAUUGGUAUAUAUGGUGUAGUGGUUUUAGAUUUGGUUGGGCGAGAGACUUUUGCCCUUGCAAUUGGUUUAGGAUCAACUUUUAAUGGUACAGCUAGUACUCUUGGUGGAUACUUUUUUGGUCUACUUUAUGAUAUAACCAAGACGUAUUCUAGAGCUCUAGUUAUUAUGGGAAGUAUACCAGUUGUCGCAGGUCUGGUUCCAAUUACAAUAGUACUUAAUGAUGUCAUCUAUAGACUUGUUUCCGGUAUUAUGCGAAAAUCGUCCCCAUGA